AUGAACUGGGAGGGCGUCAACCUGAAAUCGUCAGUCUCAAGGGCAACUGGAGUCUACCUUCCUCUCCCCUUAUCGUGGGUGAAAGUUAUUCCUGUCUCCCCACACCCCUCGGAACUUCUCGAGGCAACCUUGGCUCGGAGGCCCUUUGUCUGCACUAAGCAUGACCUGGUCGUUCGAGCCGUCAGUCAAAACUUACGUGCGUUUCAUCAGCUUUCCCCCACUACCUUGGCCAAAGAAAGGGAGCGGGAGCGAGAGCGAGAGCGAGAGAGCUUUCAUGAAAAAAACAAACCCAAACCCCUCCACCCGUUGUACAAACAAAAAGCGAAGGGAAACACUUUCACACCGUAA